AUGGGGCCUGAGGGGCCGUUCGCUGGCAGACGAGCCAACCGCAGAGACAACCCCGUCUACAUCCAUCUGUUCAACUCGCCGCCGGCUUACACGGCUGGAGAUCACGUGAGAGGGCUUCUUCUCAUCUCCCAAGCACGAUCUCCGCGCAUCAACAUUGUUCUACGAGGCUUCUCCAUCACGCCGCAUUCUUCUGGCAAGCCGACUUACAUUGAACUAUGUCGAGAAUCGCAGGAUUUGUUCGUUUCUACAGGCAAUAGCUCCAACUUUGAUCUCUUGCCCACAAGCUCAUCAAAUCCCGGAAAGGCAGAACUGCCCUUCUCCUUCACCUUUGCGCAACAUGUGAGCCUUCCACCGCCCGCAGAUCGAGAUUGGCUCCAUCCGGAGGACUCGUUCAAUCACCCGCGCUUUCAGCAUUCUCCGGGAUUUCCACUACCUCCGAGUUGUGCUGCAACAUCUACAGAUGUGCAGAUUGUAUAUCAACUUGAGGUGACCAUGGAGAGUAGCGACCCGGAUAGUCUGCCUGUGAGGGUACGCCAAGAACUCAAGUACACGCCACCACCGCCCGACUUCCAUCCCACACUCCUUCAACCAGACACGAACUUUGGCACAACCCUACCCAAACACUGUAGCCACCAAAAGUUUAUCCGCACGCGCAAAUUGUUCCAAGACUAUGAAGAGAGGGCGGGAAAGCUUAAAAAGAUCAAGGAGAAGCUGGCCGAUAAAGAGCUGCUCUUUGGCUUCCAGGGCUCGGACGAGAUUCCCUAUGCCAAAUUCAGUAUAUCCGCGACUCCUGCUCGUGUCCUAGUCGUUGGCUCCCAAGUUCCCGUUGUCAUCAGUAUCAAACACCUCCAGCGUUCCGAAUCGCUUGCGAGCCCACCUGAUCUGUUCAUACGCCGCCUCAAAGUUCAGUUGAGCUUUGUCUUCAACGUAUUCACGCCCGGUGAUCCAUCAGCCCGUCCUCCAAAGAAACAACAUGUGCAUGCAGAAAGGGGUCACAUUAUGCUCUGUGACAAGAAGUACGAAAAGGGAAGUGGAAGGUUGCUAUACGAUGGACUUUCCUUGCUAGAUAUAGCAAAUGUCAAGCUUACAGGCCACGAUUUUACCCCAAGUUUCACAACCUAUGGCCUGAAUCUGGAGUACGAGUUACAAAUCGAGAUUACUGGCAAAUGUGCCGAUCGAGAAUGGUCUAGCAUUGUGUGUACCCAACCCGUUUACCUAACCACAGCGCCACGGGUGGCAAACUUAUCGGAGCUUGAGGAUGGCUUUCUAGUAUACGACCUAGAGCCUAGGCCAGCGUAUCAAGAGGUGGAUCCUAUGGAACCACCUCACUACCUUAAUGUGAGCUGGGGUGCUCAGCCGCUAGCAACUACCCCAUCAAUACAUGAGUUUGGGUCAAGGCACAUGGCACCACCUAUCGCAGACACAGUACCUCCCCCAGAGUAUACUGCAUCGUAA